AUGUCGGACUUUACUUCCAAUAUAAAAUGCGAAAAUGAGGUUGGGGAUAGUUCUUCUGCAAGUUCUUCACAACGGUCUUUAAAGAUGUUUAAAGAGGGAAUACUUACUGAUUGUGUUGUUGAGAUUGCCAACGAAUCAAUAAACACACAUAAAUUUAUUUUGGCAAAAAACAGUGUUGUAUUUCAAAGAAUGUUUGAAUUUCAAAGAAUGUUUGAACAAAUGGGAAUGACUGAAGCACAAAAUGGUAAAAUCAAAAUUGUUGAUGCUUCUCCAGAAUGUUUUAAAGCAAUGCUGGAAUAUUUUUAUAGUGGAGAAAUUGAUGAAAAAACACUCGAAAAUCAUUCCAAAGAUUUAUUUGCUAUUGCACAUAAAUACCAAGUAAAGCAAUUAAUGGACGUUUGUGAAGAUUAUAUGAUCUCAACUAUUGGUAGAAAUAAUUCUCAAUUUUCAUACCUUUUUUUAUUUAGCUGCUCAAAACUUUAG